UGACAUUUACCGUGGUGUAGAUUUCUGUCAUGUAAUCAUCACAAAUCAAUUUUAUUAAGAAAUAGUUUGAUUUAGUGAUUAAGACAUUAAAUAAUCAUGGAUUUCACAACCAAAGACGUGAACUUAAAGCCGGAUAGACCCACUACCUUGUUAAUAGAGAAACAUUCCGACUAUUUAGCGAAGUAUGGAACGAAUAAAGAUGAUUAUGAAUACUGUAUGACUGAAUAUCUUCGGAUGUCGGGAAUAUACUGGAGUUUAACUGCUAUGGAGCUUAUGGGGGAGUCGCAUAGAAUGCCUAAAGAGGAAAUUAUAAGCUUCAUAAGUACCUGUCAGAACAAGGAGAGUGGUGGCAUCUCGGCCAGUUUCCCACACGACCCACAUAUAUUAUACACGCUUAGUGCUGUGCAGGUGCUGACCAUGUAUGAUAGAUUAGAUGCAAUUGAUGUGGACGGUGUUGUAGAAUUUAUAAAGUCCUUGCAACAGGAGGAUGGCAGCUUUUUUGGAGACAAAUGGGGUGAAACUGACACAAGAUUCACAUUCUGUGCUGUCAUGUGUCUGUCGCUGCUGCAAAGACUGGAUGCUAUUAAUGUUGACAAAGCUGUACAGUUUGUACUCAGCUGCAUGAACUUUGAUGGUGGCUUCGGGUCCAAACCUGGCUCAGAAAGUCAUGCUGGUCUAAUCUACUGCUGUGUGGGCACACUUUCGAUAUGCAAGAAAUUAGAUGCCUUAAAAGUAGAUGACCUUGCAUGGUGGUUGUGCGAGAGACAGUUACCCAGCGGUGGGCUUAACGGCAGGCCUGAAAAGUUACCAGACUUGUGUUACUCAUGGUGGGUAAUGUCUUCCUUGACAAUGCUAAACAGAAUCCACUGGGUCGAUAAUGCGAAACUAGAAGAAUUCAUCCUGGCUUGUCAAGAUGCUGAAACGGGAGGCUUCAGUGAUAGACCUGGAGACAUCCCUGACCCCUUCCACACACUGUUCGGCCUGGCAGGCCUCUCUUUACUAGGAAAUAGCGACUUGAUCAAACCAGUCAACCCUACUUACUGCAUGCCACAAGAAACAAUCACUAGACUAAAAUUGGAACCUCAAAUCUUGAAGAAAGUUUAAAUUAUUAUAGCUAUAUCAUUAUAUUUUUUUAAUGGAACCACUUAGUUACGAAAUAGCAUGGCAAAGGGACAAGUUUUUUUUUAUAAAGUUAGUUAAGUAUACAGUGUUCACUUGUAAAUGGAAUAACCAGACUAUUCCAUAAAUACAGUCUCUCAAACUCAACUCAAUCCUUAGCUUUUCUGAGUCGUAUACAUUUUAUUUUCGCUAAAACAUUGCAAAAUAUGUAUCUAAAAAAAUAUAUUUUUAUCGGUGCAACACUAUUUAUCCUAUGGUUCCAUGAAAAUAAACUACUUUCAAAACCUAGUGAUGGUUCCCAACUUUGUCAGGGCUGCGCCUUGUAUUCAAAGUACCAUAAAGGAUUAAAGUACUUUAAAUCUGCACGCGCAGACAAUUUUAUAUGCAUUACUACAAAAUAAAAUAUUUAAUAUAUUAUGUGAUAAAUUAAUAA